AUGACUGAGGCAGCCCCGAGCAUCCCUCCUCCUCCUCCUGCUGCUCCUGCAGCUGACAGGUGUCAGGCAGGGAGAGAAGAGGGAGACGCUGAGCCGGGCUGGGAAACAAGCAAGCGGGCGGCCGCUAAAGCCCGCUGGAAGCUGCUCAGACAGGUUCUGAAGAAAAAACACAUGAAGGGUAUGCAUCUUCAGCAAGUAUCAGUAAGAAGAUUUGCUUCAUUUAAUCUCUUCUCAGUAAGAGAAGACAGUAGAACAACAGAAGGUGAUGAUGAGACCUGGGUUCAGUACAAAAGCAUCUUUUAUCCUCAGUAUAGUUUAUCAUUAAGAUGUAACAGUGGACUCUUAGAUGUUGAAGAUGUUCUGACAAGUUUUGACAAUACAGGAAACGUUUGUAUCUGGCCUUCUGAAGAGGUGCUAGCUUACUACUGCCUCAAGCACUGUGAAAUGUUCAGGGGCCUUGCUGUGUGUGAGCUAGGGGGUGGCAUGACAUGCUUGGCUGGGCUCAUGGUUGCUAUUUCUGCAGAUGUCAAAGAAGUUCUGUUAACUGAUGGAAAUGAAAAGGCCAUCAAAAAUGUAAACAACAUUAUCAGAAGAAAUCAAAAGGCAGGCAUGUUUAAAGUUCAAGCUAUCUCAAGCCGCAUUUUACGAUGGGAUAAUGAGACAGAUGUCUCUCAACUGGAAGGACAUUUUGACAUUGUUAUGUGUGCUGACUGCCUGUUUCUGGACCAGUACAGAGCUAGCCUUGUGGAUGCAAUAAAGAGAUUACUCCAGCCCAGUGGGAAAGCAGUGGUAUUUGCUCCACUCAGAGGGAAUACUCUAAACCAGUUUUGCAAUCUAGUUGAAAAAGCUGGUUUCUCUAUCCAAAGACAUGAAAAUUAUGAUGAGCACAUUUCAAACUUCCACUCCAAGUUGAAAAAAGAAGAAAGAGAGAUUUAUGAUGAAAAUCUCCACUACCCACUCCUUCUGAUUUUAACCAAACAUUCAUAAUAUAUGUGACAAGUAUAUUUUGUUU